CUCUACCGCACUAAAGAUUAUCUCGGCCAUGUGGUUUUGAUAAACGCAUACCCGUCUGCUUGACUAUGCGGUACAAAUCAGUGACUUCAAAAAACCAAAGAAAACCUAUGUCUAGCAAACGAUGUAAAGUUCGACAUUUAGACUUUUUGAGCUUUCUUAGCUUUGGAAACUGCGAGAAGAAUAACUCUCGAAAUCACUGAAGUUCGAAAACUCAGACAUUGUUAGAUGAAACUUCAUAUCAAACUUGAUUAAAGUGAAAGAAGGACUGAGCUGAUCAGUAAUAAGAAAUAUCUCAAGGCAAAUGAAGUUAAGUCGAUUAUACAAAGGGACAAUGGACACGAAUGAAAAUGAAGGAGAAAUUUCGUACUGUGGGUUUAUAUAGAAAAUAUCAAGCUAUUCUUAAUCAAGUCUUGAUGCUUAAAGAGUCACAUUGGGUCGCCAAGCAGUCGCUUUCAUGAUCAUCGUGAGUAUGACUAAACACUUCGCCAAAUACUGCUCUUACAGGCAGUUACACUGAUCGGCCUAAUAAAUGUUCCUGUCUUCCAAGAAGAAAGCGGACACUGAAGCAUUACUUAGAUCUUUCAAUGACGUACUUCAAAUUAAAUAUUAGUAAGGAAAGGGAUGAGUUUCGCUAAUGGCGGCAGAAAUGAAGGAAAUAUUUUUUAAUCUAGUUUCUUAUAAAUUGUUUUCUUUGAGCAUAAACACUUGACGGAGAGUGUAUAAAAGUCGAUUAAAUAUUAAUGCAUAGUCAUGUCUAUUAAUUAAAAUUGUUUCAGUCUCCAUAAUGCAUAAAUAGAAGCCAUCAUCCCUUUCUUCUUUUAGUAUCAGUCAAAUAAUUCGAGUGCUUUUAAUAGUAGAAAUUGAAAAAAAAAAAAGAAAAAAAGCGAUGAAAGUUUUCAUAGUAUUUUUGGUUUUCAUGAUCAUAGGUAGCACAUCCGCUUUCAGAAUAAUACAUAGGACUUUGUCGAAAUUGUUUGAAUGCCAAAAGCGAGAAAACGUUCCAAUGCAAGAUUGGUUUGCUGGAAAUUUACCCGAUUCAGAUCUCACGAAACUUGUUCCAAAUCAUAAAUGUGCCGUUUAUUGUCAGAAUGAAGCUUUCGGAUUGACAACGAAUGGCAUACUUAAUCCAGAGGCGAUAUUACGAUUCCUACCAGAACUUGAGAAAAUAUACAAUGUUGCAGAUAUGGUAAGGUACUGCCAACAUGCCGGAGCUUCUAAUAAUUGCGAAGGUGCUCUUAAAUUGAAUAUUUGCUUUGAAAAUUAUAGACUUCCAACAAACAACUCUUCAAUAGAAAAAUUUUAAUAAAUCAUUUUGAUGAAAUGUGACAGAAAGUCAAAUAGAUAAAAAAGAAUGUUGUGGUAUCGCAAAAGUAUUGCGAUGCACAAGUUAAUGAGAAACAAUUUAUUACAAAUAAAGUAAACAUAUUUUCGAUUAA